AUUAUUUAGUGAAAAAAAAGCAGAAGAUUGAUUUUUAGGAUUGAAAAAAAGAGAUUAUAAUAAUUGAAAAUAUAAUAAUAUUUGCGAGCCAGGAAUUGGGUAUUACGAUUUGUAAAAGUGAAAUAUUCUAUUUUAAAAUAUAUUUGAACAUAUAUUUUUUAAAAGAAAAAUGCAAUUACUCAGUACGAAUGGGACAUUUUCGAAAUGGUCUACAUCAUGGGAUGAAGGAUGGUUUACAGCAUCAUCAAAGUUUGAACAUCCCUGGAUGGAUGUUCGAGAAGAACAAGCUCGAGAUAUUUUAAAUGAGCCUUUGAAACAUUCAUAUGGUUCUCAAAUAAGUUCAAGUAGCUCGAGUGAUGUAUUAUUUGAGGAACCUUUUUGUUUAAUUGAGUCAAAACAGCGUUCAAAAGUAUUACCAUUAGAAGGAGUAUCACCUUGGUUUGAAUAUGAUUCAUAUAGUUCAGAAUCUAUUAAUCCAAGAGAUGUAUUUUCUUCACAUAUACCGGAUGGAGUGAAUAAUUUAACAUGCAAAACAUCUAUAUAUAAUGAAAAUGCUAUGGGUGCUUUGAUGGCAUCGCCUUUUUCGAAUUUAUCUAAAGGGAUAAAUAUUUUUACACAGUGUAAAUAUCCAGCUAAGCAUCAGGAGUUGCAGACGAAUAAUACAGAUUCAUUGUUGCAAAAAUGUUUCUGCAAUGACACAAAUGAACCUAGUUUGGAUGCUGUGCAUUCGAAAAAAAGCCCGGAAUCAUCUAUUAAAACGGGUUUGUAUAAAACAGAGUUGUGUCGAAAUUGGGAAGAAAAUGGAGAAUGCCGAUAUGGUCUUAAAUGUCAAUUUGCUCAUGGAUAUUCUGAGCUUCGUAAUUUACUUCGACACCCUAAAUAUAAAACGUCUCCAUGUAAGACAUUUAUGGAAAUUGGUUCUUGUCCAUAUGGUCAACGGUGUUGUUUUUCUCAUGUUAAGGAGUUUAUAAAACCAAAAAAAGCAGAUCUAUCACAAUCAUUUGAGAAGACUUCUUCAUCUCAAUCAUCUUUACUUUUUCCACAAUUAUCUAAUGCUUCGAAUCUUAAGAAACAUAAUGAGAAAUCACUUAAUUUAAAACCAUUACAAAUAGCUUCUGAUAGCCAUAUAUCCGGAUUUACUCAUUUGUUUAAUGAUAUUACUUUAUUGGACGAAAUAUCUCCAUUUGUUCUUGAUUAGUUUUCUUUUCCAUCUUUUCUAUUCACUAGAUAUUAUUUUUUUUUGAUACCCUUUAUUUAUAAUU